AUGCCAAUAGACUAUCAAAACUUUUCAAAACAUCAACCACGUACCUGUGAAAUACGUUUAAAUAGGAGUGAUACAUCAUUCGGUUUUCAAACUGUUGAUCCUCUGACGAGUGUUGGUAUGUUUAUUCAAGAAGUAUAUCCGAAUUCGCCUGCCGCUAAUACAUCAUUACGUAAAUGUGAUCGAAUUAUUGAAAUUGAUGAUGACUUUGUUGAUAAUGUACCAAGUAGUACUAUCUUAGAAAAAUUGCGUACAGCAAAAUCAAACAAGCAUGUGAAAUUAUAUGUUGUUGAUACAGAAACUUACAAUUAUUUUCAAGAAAAUAAUAUACAAUUGUCAUCAAAAGAGUAUCGACAAAGCCCAUCUGCGAAGACACUUCCGAUAAAUUCAUAUAUUAUUGAACAUGAGUGGCCCAAAAAUGAUUGUGAUAAGUCGCAAUAUAGACAUAAUGAUAAUAGAUCUCGUAAUCAUGCAUCGCCACGUCAUAGACUUCAUAGCGUUGAUAUGAAUGCAUCGCCUGAGAGUAUCGAUAAUAGGUUUUUAGACUGUUAUCCUCGUCAAUCAAAUUCAUUAAAUACAGAAACAUUCGUUUGCAACGAACAUAUUACCACUUCAGCUAUCAUGAAAAGUUCACGUUUACCAAUUCAUGUUUGCAAAGGUGAUCUAAUAACACAGCAGACUGAUGUUAUUGUUGUAUCUUCAUCAUCACAGCGUUUAUUUAACAGCAUUUGUAAAGCUGGUGGAAGUUCUGUGUUAGCUUCAUACAAUGCAAAAUUGAGUAAACAUCCUGAAGCUCCCAUUAUUGUCGUUAAGGCUGUUGGACAACUUGCAUCAAAAAGAAUUUACUUCCUUCCAUUGAAACCAAGUUCCGAUACAUCCAUUCUUUGUAAAUCCAUUAAAAAGUUUGUUUCGAACGCAUUAGAAAAAGCACUGAAACAAAACUAUCAAAGCAUCACAUUUCCCGCUAUUGGUUGUGGCCAAUUUCGAUGUUCAGUCAGUGUUAUAGCAGGCGCCAUGAUUAGAGAAGUUCAUCGUAAAUUAAAAAUGCCUGACAUGUCGGUUUCAAUUAUAAUACAACCAGAAAAAGCAGAUAUCUAUGAUGAAUUUCAAAAGCAAAUUCAUUUAUUAGAGUCGACUUUAUCAACUGAUAAAUUGAGAACAAUCUUUGCAAUAUCUGAAAAAGGAAUAAUCGUAGUUGAAAAGGGAGAUAUAACAAUGCAAAAUGUGGAUGUUAUUAUUGGUAGCUCAUCAUCAGAUUUCUUGCGAGAAGCAAUAAUCAGAGCAGCUGGUAAUGAAGCUCAAACGGCGUAUAAUCUCGAAUUAAAAACUCAUCCAAAUUCUAUAUUAAUUGCAACACCAUCAGGAGCCUUACCCUGCAAAUAUAUCUUUUUUGUUAAAUGGGAACCUGAUAGUGAUGAAAACGUACUUGAACAAUCUCUUGUUGAUCUUAUAUAUACAGUUGUACAAAAUGUAAUAUCCCAUAAUUGUACGUCUGUUGCAUUUCCGGCCAUUGGAUGUGGAAAACACGGCUGUUCAGUAAAUAUUGUAGUUAAAACGAUGGUUCUAGAAAUGAAAAAACAUCUUAUGACAAGAAAUUUACCAUGGACAGUAAAAUUUGUCGUGGAACCUGAUCAAGAACAUAUUUAUGAUGAGUUUCGUAAACAAGUAUUAACAACACAGCAUGGUAAAACAAAUUCUCUCUAUUAA